AUGCCUAUCAUUCCACAAUCAGUUCAGCAAUGGUAUAACAAAGUACCUUUGAUUACCAAAGCAAUCAUUACCAUCUCAGCGGCAGUAAUUGUAGCACCUGCACUCGGUAUUGUUGAUUCCUCAACAUUUGUUCUUAAUUGGAAUGCCAUUUUCAAGAAAGGACAAGUCUGGAGACUCAUUACAACAUUCUUUUCAAAUCGACUGUCAUUUGGGUCAUUAAUGGGAACAUAUUAUCUAUAUUGUCAUUCUAUUGAACUUGAAACAGACGCCUUUCAAGCAAAGAAGGCAGAAUAUGCAUAUUAUCUCUUUGUUACUUCUAUAUUCCAACUGGCUGCGGCAUCUAUACUAGGUCUGUCGGUCAUGACAAACGGAUUCAGCAUGUCUAUUGCCUAUCUUUGGGGUCGCCAUUAUCAAGGUCGAGAAGUAUCAUUUAUGCUCGGUCUUCGCUUCAAGGCACUUUAUUUGCCUUGGGUGAUCUUGGCCUCUGAUUUUAUUACGAGCGGAAGAUUGUCCAUGGCUUCAUUGAUUGGGAUCGGUGCUUCUAGAGCGUACUGUUACCUCAAAGAUGAAUACCCUCGACAGGGCGGAAGACAACUGGUGGCCGUUCCUGAGUUUUGGGUCCGCUUCUUCAACAGAGGCUUCUCAGCUGGAGGAGGUAGUGCUGGAAGUGGAUUACCCAAUCCACUUAACCUCCGUCUGACCGGGAAUUCUCAAUGGUCGGGAUCAGGCUUCCGUCUUGGUACUCGUUAAACUCUUUUAUACAAAGUAAAUGAAAUAAAGCUAGAUGUAGAUUAUACAUAUGUAUGUAUCAAAUUUGACUUUAUGAUACUACUACCUCCAUUUACUUUUACAUUCAUAUUUACUUUUACACUGCCAUUGCCACUACAGCAACAACUGUUCUUUAUUACGAUCACAAUUACAUAUAAAAUUACAUAGAUAGAUAGAUAGAUAGAUAUAUCUGUUUCUUCUAUCUAAAUAAAUAAACAAAUGUGCAUUUUUGUUUUUCC